AUGGACCUCAAAAACAUCAUUCUGCCUUUCCAAGACUCCUCAGCACAAUGGGACAUCCGCGUAGAACAAGGGGUAGUGACCUCCAUGAAACCAGCCGCCGAAAAAGCAACACCAAGUGUAAUGCUUCCCUCCCUCUGCCAUCCUCAUAUCCACCUCGACAAACCAUAUCUUCUCACAUGCAACCACCCAAAAUCCUCACACCACCCAGAUUACUCUGAUCUGGCCCCCAAAACUGGAGGAUUCCAGGAAGCAUUGACAAAUACAGCUGAAGCAAAGAAACGCUACACCAAGGAGGACUUGUACUUACGAGGCUCUCAGCUUAUAGCUACAAGCUACAAACAAGGUGUUACAUUCAUGAGAGCCUUUGUUGAAGUUGAUUCUGUCACCGAGCUUAAGGCUCUGGAGGUCGGACUGCGGUUGAAGAAGGAAUUCGAGGACUUUUUAACAGUACAAAUCUGCGCUUUUGCACAGGACCCUAUCUUCUCGACGGAGAAGGGAGAGGCAAACCGAGCAAUGUUUGAGAAGGCGCUCGAACAGUUCGGUUCGGAUAUUGAAGUCAUUGGGAGUACUCCAUAUGUGGAAUCCGAUCUUGAAGCGCAGAAUCAGAAUAUUCGGUGGGCUAUUGAGACAGCACUGAAACAUGGCAAGCAUCUCGAUUUUCACAUUGAGUUCAACCUGAAAGGCGAUGGAACCCAUAUGUCCGUCUUUGAUCACGUCAUCAAAGAGCUCGAGCAUCUUAAGUGGCCUACAUACCCCGGUGGGCCGACAGUUGUCUUUGGGCAUGCUACCCGACUUACUUGGGCUUCUCAUGAUGAUCUCAUCAGACUAUCUGAGAAGCUGAGAGAGACAGGGUUACCGAUCCACUUUGUGGGACUGCCGACUAGCGACCUCUACAUGAUGGGCAGACAUGGUUCAGACGCCUCGGAACACAACGAACCACUUAGUCGACCUUGCGGUACAAUCAUGGUACCAAAGCUAAUCAAAGAUUACGGAAUCAACGCCUGCUUAUCAGUCAAUAACGUCGGUAACCCAUUCACUCCCCACGGCGACGGCGAUCCUCUUAAGAUAGCAAGCUUAGGUGUUGGCUUAUUCCAUGCCGGGACAGUCGAGGAUGCAAAGAUCCUUUACGAAGCCAUCAGCACACGAGCAAUGGACGCUUUAAAACCCCUUGCUGAAGGACACCAUGACAUGUUCACGUUAGCGGAACUCCGCCAGACCAUGCCCAUGCUUUUGUUCAAGAACGAAGAGAAUAUCGAAAUUACUUCUGAACUUGGUAGCAUCAAAGUCCCAGCGAGGCAAAGGCUUAGCAUCCAGGAUAUCGUAUGGGAUCCGCCGGAGACACGACUUAGAAGCAUAGUAGAAUAG